AAUGAGUUGCCAGAUCUCCAAUUUAACUUUAAUAUUGACUGCACGAGGCAGAAAUAUUUAUUAAUUUAACAAAAUUCAUACAAACAUCAUGACGGAAACAGAGCCCGAGGUCGAAGUCAAUGGCACUGCCACCGAAGCCGAAGAGGACCAGGAAGACCAGGACAUAAAGCAGAAGAAGCUAACCCGUCACGACGGUGGAGCGGCCGACUUGGAGCGUGUGACAGACUACGCGGAGGAGAAGGAAAUUUCGGCGGCGAAUAUAUCGAGUGCUGUGGAACAGUUUGGCAAUCAGCGUCACAAAGAAAACGAACUGAGGGUGGCCAAAGAGAAGGAACUGCAAAAGGUCCAAGUAAAGAAGGAGGACAUUGAACUGAUUAUGAACGAACUGCUGGUCACCAAGGGCCAGGCCGAGAAGGUUCUGCGCGAACAAAGCGGCGAUGUGGUAGCCGCCAUUGAGUCAAUAAUCAUGAGCGAUUGACCAAACAGGCAACAGGAAGCGGGCCAUCCAAUUGAUAAGCAUUUGCACUUGUACUGGUUAAAAGUGCGCCGCCUGCCAUUGUCGUCGUCGUCGUCAUCGCGAGUUUCUUUUACUUAGCAUAACACUGCUUUAUUUUUACAUUUAUAAACUAGUAAAGAAAAAAAUCACAAAAACCUAA